CGUGAUGACGACACCAGAAGGCCUUAGCGUUGUGUGUAACGUAACAUUCCAUUGAGAAGAAGAGGGGAAAGAUGGCGUCCUCUAACAAUCCUCGCAAAUUCAGCGAAAAAAUCGCUUUGCAUAAUCAGAAACAGGCGGAGGAGACUGCUGCGUUUGAAGAAGUGAUGAAAGACCUGAACAUCACCAGAGCUGCGCGGUUGCAGUUACAGAAGACCCAGUAUUUGCAACUAGGGCAGAAUCGUGGACAGUACUAUGGAGGCUCACUGCCCAAUGUCAAUCAGAUUGGAAAUGGCAACAUUGACCUGCCUUUUCAGAACUCGGUGCUGGAUACCAGUCGGACAACUAGGCACCACGGGCUGGUGGAGCGUGUUUACCGUGACCGGAACCGCAUCACGUCUCCUCACCGCCGGCCGUUAUCAGUCGACAAACACGGACGCCAGAUUGACAGCUGUCCUUACAGCUCAGUUUACCUCUCCCCGCCGCCAGACACUAGCUGGAGAAGGACAAAUUCGGAUUCUGCCUUACACCAGAGCGCCAUGAAUCCCAAGCCCCAGGAGGUGUUUGCAGGGGGGUCACAAGAGCUGCAGCCAAAACGAGUACUGCUGCUAACAGUGCCUGGGACGGAGAAUUCAGAGUCAAAUGCAGACAAGGAUGCCCAGAAACAGUUGUGGGAUGACAAGAAGGAUGAUUCAUCAAAACCCAACACGUGUGAUGUCCCGGGAAUCAAUAUAUUCCCAUCACCAGACCAGGAGUUGAACCCGUCCGUGCUCCCAGCUGCACACAACACCGGUGGUUCGCUGCCUGAUCUGACCAACAUCCAGUUCCCCCCUCCACUGUCCACCCCGCUGGACCCCGAGGACACCGUGGCCUUCCCCUCCCUCAGCUCAUCCAACAGCACGGGCAGCCUGACCACCAACCUCACCCACCUGGGCAUCAGCGCUGCCAGCCAUGGGAUUCCCACCUCAUCCCAGCCCACCAUGACUGUAACGGGACAACGCCGGCAACCACCCGUGGUGCCCCUCACCCUCACCUCUGACCUCCAUCUCCAGCAGUCCCCACAGCAACUUUCACCCACUGUCUCCUCACCCGUUAACAUCACACAGUCCAUGUGCGUCUUUCCUCAGGCCGUGCCAACAGAGUCUUUGACCCUGGAGCAGCAGCUCUCCCAGUACCCCCUGUUCAACCAGCUGACGGCUCAGGCCCAGGCUCAGCUGCUCAGUGACCUCCAGAAGCAGCAGCAGGCCCUGUCGCAGGGCAUCCAGCUCAUCACCUUGCCAACUCUGGCCUCCCCUGGUACCGCCAGCAGCCCCUCCCCAGACAGCCAGACCACCGCCAGCAUCAGCAUCAGCUCGUACCGCAAUCAGACUGGCUCACCAGCCACUCAGUCUCCAACCUCCCCAGUCUCCAAUCAAGGCUUCUCCCCUGGCGGCUCGCCUCAACACAUUCCUGUAGUGGGCAGCAUAUUUGGCGACUCCUUCUACGAUCAGCAGUUGGCAUUGAGGCAGACCAAUGCCCUUUCUCACCAGCUGGAGCAGUUCAACAUGAUUGAGAACCCCAUCAGCUCCACCAGCCUUUACAACCAGUGCUCCACCCUCAACUACACACAGGCCGCCAUGAUGGGCCUCACCGGGAGCAGCCUACAGGACUCCCAGCAACUCGGCUACAGUAGCCACAGCAACAUCCCCAACAUCAUCCUAACAGUCACAGGGGAGUCUCCUCCGAGCCUCUCCAAAGAGCUGACCAACUCUCUGGCGGAUGUCGGCGACGUCAGUUUUGAUGCGGACUCUCAGUUUCCUCUGGACGAGCUGAAGAUCGACCCACUCACCCUGGACGGACUGCACAUGCUCAACGAUCCUGACAUGGUGCUUGCUGACCCCGCCACCGAGGACACGUUCAGGAUGGACAGGCUGUAGCGUAAGAAACUGACUGUUGCCAAGAACAAGAAGAAAAAAACUACACUAACUUGUGAAUGGAGAGAAAUAAAGGGCAGGAUGAACCCUCUCCCUCGUUGCAUGGCCGUCUAGCUGUCCGACCUCGCCCUCGACUCCGUGAAGCCCUUUGAAACGAUGCGCCACCAAAAGACAACAGGGAAAAAGACAUCCAGUGGCUUGCCGGGUAAUGGCCUCGCCAUCGUUUUGAAUGAGAUUGGUCGCUCAGCGCUUUCGCUAGCCUGCUGUGUUUACGGUGUACCAUUACAUGCCACAUAUAUUCCAAAAAUGCACAUUGACUUUUUUUUCCCUUUUCAUAUCCACUUUAAUAUUUGUUUUGUUGAAAUUUGAAAUUUGCUCGUAGCAGGAAGCUGCUAGGACAUUGGGCAAAACCGUACCCGUUACACCGGCUGGGUUAAAAAAAACAAAGAAAAAUGUUCCAUAGCCGGUUUGCUUGUACCCUGCAAUCAAAUGAAUCGGUUUUCCCAUCAUGCCGUAACGGCUUUCUAUUUCACACUCAAAGCUUUAUUUUUGACAACCAAAUGUUAUUUUCAUCAUGUACUGUAUGUUUUGAUGCUUUAUGUAUUUAUAUGUUCUAUUUAUUUGGUUAAAGAUUUUAUAUUCCAUUUCAUAAUUUAAAUUUGAUGCCAAAAUGCUCUCUGUAGGCAUAUUGUAAAAUUGCACUGAUGUAAUUUGUGUCUAUUUAUUAAUUACUAACAUAUUUAUAUAUGUGUUUGUUGAGCUACUUGGUUAAUGAAGGAGUGCAAAACCUCCCCAUAGUUGCUCUUUGGUGUUCGAUGUGCCAUUCUCUGACGUAGGACGUGGUAGACGUUGCCAUGCUGCAGCCCAACGGUCAAAUUAAAAUGUCAUAGUUUUUAGCACAGCUCCAGAAAAUGCUGCGUGCUCCAGAAAUGGGUCGGUUUUAUGCCACUUGAAUUAACUUUUUCUGAGAAAAUCAUCAGGUAUUUCUAUUAAACUAGAAAGCAAGAAAAACAUGGCCACAUUAAUUUUCUGCCGGUGAAAAGCCAAUAAUAUAUCCAGACUGAACUUCUUCUCGGUGACGGAAGCGGUCUGUUUUUAAACACUAAAAUCUUAAAUCUUUUUAAGUCGUCACUGUGAAAUCACCUGAUUUUGCCUUACAUGAGUAUUCUACUGUUCUACUUAAGUGUCUAAUGUGACAGCGUAUUUUCGUAACUUAUUGUAACAUUUUCUUGUAUUUGAGAGGAACUUAAGUUUUCAGUCAGUGAUAUCUGUGGUUAUGUUGUGUAAGGUUUGACAAAUCAAUGUACUGUAUUUUGUAUCGGUACAGUUUAUAGCCAAAUUGUUGGUGUUUUUUUUAAAGUGGGGCUAAAAAUGAAACAAAAAAACAAAUGAAAGGAUGGGUUUGAAGUAUUUGAGCAGUGCAAUUAUGGGGAGGCUUUUGCUCCUUGACGGGGAAGCUCUAACAAAAACGCUAAUGACCUUUGCCAGAGAAAUCAUCAAUAACAAAAGUACCUUACAAAGUAUAGGGAUUUUAAUGGCCAAUUAUAUUAUUGAAGCCUCCAAAUGGUUGUUUUCAUAAGAGUUUAUGAAAUAAGGAUUUUUAUUGUAGAACGUCGUUUUACUCCAUUUAGUAAACCGGAUAUAGUACAUAAAGCUUUGGUUUAAGAAAGAAUGAGUGUAUUUAUAUAUCUAGUAUUGUACGCUAUUAUUCUACAAGAUCGGCCCCGUUCCAUUCAGUAUUACAGACAACAAAAAUGGUGACAAAAACAAUCAGGGAUGUAGUAGAGUCUAAAAUUGUUUACGACACCUUGCCUAUCGGAAAAUGUUUACACGAGUUUCAUCUGAAAAUGUAUAUAUUGAUUUUAUCUCUAACUACAUCCAUGACGCAGUCUCCCUUGCCAAAAUGUGUGGAACAAAAUCACUCAAGUCAUUCACUUCAGAUUUCUAGUCUGCGUUUUGUCAGAGUUUCCCUGAGAGGUGUGUUUAGGUGUGUGGGAUCAUGUUUGCUAUACUGUAAUGUUCAUGUACAGACGUGCUAAUCAUUUACUCACCUAAAGCGCUGUUGGAAAGGCUUUCCACCCACCUACCCCCCAUCCCCGAAUAGGAAUCACGUUUGGUUAACUGCACACCUCUGCAGUUGUACAGUUUGUUUCAGUUGAAGUGUUUGUCUGCUGUAAUCCUCCAUCAAAGGUUUUGUUUUGCCUUGCCUUGCCAACAGAUCUGUGAUUCCUAUGCAAAUGAGACAAAAAAAAACGCCCCUUAAAGGAAAAAUCCACCUCUGAUGUUUUAUUGUUUAACACAUUCUAGAUGUUUAGCUGGAUUUUUUUCUUCAGAAAUGGUGUUGUAUUGGAGGCCAAGGCCAAACGACAACAACAAAAAAGACCUGUAAGAGCUGUUAAUGGUCAGCUUAGGCAAUUUUCUCUAUCAGUAACAAUUAAUGAAUAUAUAAUGUGAGAUAGCAAGGCUAUUUACAGUGCUCAGUCAUUAUUAUUGCUCUGUGAAGUCUCAAUAAUAAAGUCCCAAUUAAUCAUUUUUAUUUUAUCUAAAUUAUCUUUCUUCACGGGCUCCAUAUUCUUUUACAAAAUGGUUGAAAAAAUUUUAAUUAUAACUUCGACUAAACGGCGAAUGCCCGGCUUAGUUAUUGCCAAUUUUUCAGUCGAUGGUCAAAUUUGUAAUUUAGGAAUUCAAUGAAAGAAAAAUGUAAAUUCAACUAGUUUGACUAUAUAAUGAGUGCAGGACAUCCAUCGAGUUUUGCUCUGGUGCUAUGACAAUCAAGUGAAAUCGCACGCUGAACUAUAAAUUUUUCUGUGUCAGAGGAACAUCUUAACUGAAAGGAGUAAAGCUAAAUCCAGCCAUACUUUGAGAUGAAGUAACAUUGGUUUCUGUUUUUUUUGUUUGUCUUUUUUUAACCUCUCACCCUGCCACGUCUUCACUUGGUAAUUUUCUCAGUCUUUCCAGAAUUCUUCUCCACCUUAACACCUCUCUUCCUGUGUGAUUAUUGUCUAGAAAGACACCCGUUCUCUUUUAUCCUGAAGGAACUGAUGCUAAAUCGGACGUACUGUUAAUGUUUUAGAUCACUGAAACGCUAUUAAGACUAUUUGUUUGGGCCACAUAGGAGGAAGAAAAACUUAAAAAUGGUCCUGGAAAUGCACGGCACUUCACCAAUAUUAUCUUAAGCUGGAUUUUUCCUUUAAGUCACUGAAACAAAUGUAUAUUUAUUCCUUAAAAAAAUAAGCAUUGUGUUUGAGCCAAAUGUCACUGCUGCAUUGCCAGUGACUUUGAGUUGUUCUGUCACUUCCUUCCUGUCAUCCUGUUGAAUACUAGUCCUUCACACUGACCUUGUACAUAUACGCUAUAGCUGAAACAAAAUGCAUGACUAAAUUGACAGUCAAAACCUCUAAAUGAAGGCCUUCUAUAUGUCCGCAGGUUUGAGUUGUGGAACAUAAAGUCUAAAGGGAUGCAUGUAUGGGUUUCUCCUGGGCAACAGUUAACUCAGUUAUCUGUUAAGUGACUCUGUUACCUCCAUCUCUGUAUAAUGCUACUUCACCAAUGAUAAGAGAAUGUAUUUUCUGUGGAAAGUGUCCCAGUUUUAGCCCAAUGACCUGAUGUUUUGGAGGUUUUGGUCCCGUCACAGUCAGACCAGAAUCGUAUCUCUCUGCUUUCAGUCCUCCCCUUGUUCUUCUCUGAAGAAUCUGACUGUUGCUCGCUCUCGCCCUCUCGCUCUCUCUGUCUCUCUGUCUCUGCCCCCCCCAACCCACCCCGGCUUGUGCAUCAUUUGCAUAUGUGGACUCUUCUCAUCUUCUGAAGCUUCUGCAUUACACAGUCAACUGCAUAACUGCAUGACAUGAUAGACAUUUUUGAGCGGAUUCUCAUCAGUUUGAUCUAGCCAUGCUCGUGUGUUUUAAGGCAUCAGAUGCUUGUUUUAUGUUGUGGCCGCCUAUCAUGGUAGGUUUUGGGCUAGUGUCAUUCGGUUUUGUUUUUCUGUUUUUGUGCUUUAGUCACAAGUGUUUAGUCCACUAGUUGUUUGGCACUUUAUUUGCGACUUCCUGGCUUUUGAGCAGGGACUGUUCUGCCCUAUGUGAAUGCUGACUGUUUUACUCCCGAUGUAUACUCCGGAGAUAUUUUCAUGUGAAAGAAAAGAUGAAUUCUCUAUUUUCCUCUGUAAA